GGAAACCGUCUAAAAAGACUUCCAAUAGUAUGCCUUGGAAAGUCUUAGCCACGUGGAGAUACGAUGAAGCAAGACCGGAUUGCGUGGUCCGUGGUUGAAGCUAAGGUUGCCAACAGAAGACUUGUGCUUGACUUACAGGCAUGAGGCUAGUACACCGGUCUUGCCCAAUCGCCGGAGCCCAAUUCAUUCUGGGAAUGGCUUUUCUUCUUCCUCACCUUCUCGUUUCCUUACUAAUUCUGCUACCAAUUUCUGCCGUUGCUCAAAAUAACGGUAAUAUAACCGUCGGCAGCUCUCUCUCAGCAACCGACAACAGCUCUUCAUGGCUAUCUCCUUCUGGCGAUUUUGCCUUUGGAUUUAGUCCACUCAACGAGAACAAUGAUCUCUUCCUGCUUUCCAUCUGGUUUGCUACGAUACCCGACAAAACUAUAGUUUGGUACGCAAACGGCGAUAAGCCUGCCCCGAGGGGAUCAAAAGUGGAGCUAACUGCUGACCGUGGGCUAGUUCUUACAAGCCCUCAAGACGAAGAGUUAUGGAAAAUUGACACCUUUAUUGGUACGGUAGCCUAUGGUGUUAUGAGCAACACAGGCAACUUUGUGGUUGAAGAUAGCAGCUUUAAUAAGCUAUGGGAGAGCUUCCGGCAUCCCGCUGACACGUUGUUGCCUGCACAAAUCAUGGAAAAAGGAGGGGUGGUUUCUUCUCGACAGUCAGAAACCAACUUUUCCGAAGGAAGAUUUCAGCUUCGUUUGCUACAAGACGGGAAUCUUGUGCUUAAUUCCAUAAACCUUCCGACCACCUAUGCCAAUGAAGCCUAUUAUCGAAGUGGUACGGUUGCUGAUUCUGCUUCUAAUUCGUCAAGUCCCGGUAGACAAUUGGUCUUCAACGAGUCGGGAAACAUUUAUAUUUUGAGAGAGAAUGACCAACAAUUCCCUCUAGCACGGGGAAAGGCAGGCUCAGCCGAUGAUUUUUACUUUCGAGCCACCCUCAACUUUGAUGGAGUUUUCACGCUAUAUUCUCACCCAAGGAAUUCCGGCAGCAAUGGAAGCUGGACUCCUCUCGGGUAUGAGCCAGAAAAUAUCUGUCUUGACAGUACGACUUCCUCGGGCAGUGGGGUUUGUGGGUAUAACAGUAUUUGUGCGCUGAAGGCAGAUGGAAGGCCUAUGUGUCAAUGCCCCAAGGGAUAUUCCUUACUCGAUCCAGAUGACAGGUAUGGCAGCUGCAAGCCGGACUUCAUACAAGGCUGUGAAGAAGAUGAGCUAAGCAGUCCUAGAGAAGAUCUUUAUACUUUUGAAGUGCUAACAAAUACAGAUUGGCCGCUCUCUGACUACGUGCUGUUGAAGCCUUACACUGAAGAGCUGUGCAGAAAUUCUUGUAUGGAAGACUGUAUGUGUGCUGUUGCCAUCUUCAGAUUAGGCGAUAGCUGUUGGAAGAAGAAGCUGCCUCUGUCAAAUGGGAGAGUGGACGUCGGCCUCAACAACGGCAAGGCUUUUAUCAAAAUCAGAAAACAUAAUAAUUUCACCUUGCCGGAUCCUCGUUUCCCAGUCCCAGAACCAAAGAAGAAUGACCGGGACAAUUUGAUCGUCAUCGGAUCGGUGCUUCUUGGUGGCUCUGUUUUUGUUAACGUUAUAUUAAUUGGUGCGAUUUGUCUUGGCUUUUUCCUCAUUUACCACAAGAAAUUUCAGAAGAUUACCACGAAUGGCGGUGCUGUGGACAUGAAUUUGCGUUGUUUUACUUACAAAGAGCUUGUAGAAGCUACAGAUGGGUUCAAGGAAGAAUUGGGAAAGGGUGCUUUUGGUGUUGUUUACAAAGGAGUAAAACAAACGGGUUCUACUGUCCUAGCAGUCAAGAAGCUAAUAAAUCCGUUCCAAGACACAGAGAGAGAGUUCAAGACUGAAGUAAACGUGAUUGGUCAAACACAUCACAAGAAUCUGGUUCGACUGCUUGGAUUCUGCGAUGAAGGACAGCAUCGGUUGCUGGUAUAUGAGUUCUUGAGCAAUGGAACUUUAGCAGAUUUUCUUUUUGGAGAUUUGAAACCCAGUUGGAACCAAAGAAUCCAAAUUGCUAUGGGGAUUGCGAGAGGGCUGUUGUAUUUACAUGAAGAGUGCAGCACCCAGAUUAUCCAUUGCGAUAUAAAGCCUCAAAACAUUCUUCUUGAUGACUAUUACAAUGCUCGAAUAUCUGAUUUUGGAUUGGCAAAGCUUUUGAGGAUGGACCAGAGCCGAACUCUCACAGGCAUCAGAGGAACAAAAGGGUAUGUUGCACCUGAAUGGUUUAGGCACAUGGCGAUCACAACCAAGGUGGAUGUUUAUAGCUAUGGUGUUAUGCUGCUAGAGAUAAUUUGUUGCAGAAGAAGCGUAGAAAUGGAUGCCUGUGAGGAGGAGAGAGCAAUUUUAACUGAUUGGGCUUAUGACUGCUAUCAGGAAGAAACUUUAGAUGCUCUGGUUGAAUAUGAUGAGCAGGCCUUGGACGACAGAAAGAAUCUGGAGAGGUUUGUGACGGUUGCCUUUUGGUGUAUUCAAGAAGACCCUUCUCUUAGGCCUACCAUGAGGAGGGUUAUCCAGAUGCUUGAGGGAGUUGUUGAAGUGCUUAUUCCACCAUGCCCAUUCCCCUUCACUAAGUAAUUAAGACUCGUGAAACCAGCAAGAUUUACAGUCAUUAUGUCUUCUUAGUCUUAAUUCUGUUUUGAUAGAUAUAUUAUUACUCAUAAUUAAGUUUAUAUUUACUCUGCUUUGAUAAUAAGGUAUGCCGUUUGAGUUCAUGUACUUCUGGGGACAACCUUUACAGGAUGUAGGCAUGUAGCAGUAGCAAAUAAUAUGUUCCUCCUAGUUUUUCAGCAAUGGUGAAGUAUGUAAUAAAUCAUAGUUUUUCAGCUU